AUGUCAAUCUUACAAGACCGCUUACUCAGAGUGUCAAAUGCUGUAAUUAUCUCAUUGAACACACUUUUAGACUGUCGAGAGAAACGAUCAAUUCCUGAUUACAAAUCUGUUAUUUCUAACUUGAUAGACUGCAUUGCUCUUAUUGGGCAUGUUCAUAAAGAACUUUCGUUCAAAGGAAGAGACCAGAUCCGACCAAGUCUGACAAAUAAAUUCAAACCAGCAUGCUCUCGUAACAAUAAAAUAAAGAAAUCACUUUUUGGUGAUGACCUCUCUAAAGUCUUACAGGACUUAAGAGCAACAAGCAAGGUUGUGAAUAACUUCUUAACACAUAUGCCUAACAGAGACACAUAUGCCUAA